GGUUGUAAGUAAAAACCCUAGCCAACUUCAGCGAAUUUCGUGCUUCUUUUGAAAGGUUUGCUCAGAUGGCGGAUGUUCAAGGCAUAGAUGACAAACCAUGUGAAGAAAGUUUGGCCUGCACGCCUCAAAAGCAGGAAACUCGUGAUGAAAUGCUUUCAAGGCAUAGGAGAGAGAUGUCAGAGCUACAAAACAAGGAAAUUAGUAUGAAAAAGGCAGCAGCAAAGGGUAGCAAGGCUGAACAGAAAACCAAAAAGAAGCAGGUGGAGGAAGAGAUCUCUCAGCUCUCUGCCAAGCUCAAGGAAAAACACACUGAAGAGCUUGCUUCACUAGGCUACAGUAAUGGAAAUGAUAAGAGCAAUAUCGACAACAUAGUGAAGGCCAUAGCUGGGGUGUCUGUAACUCCGCAGCAGGAUCAUCCCAGGCCUAGCAAAGGUGCCAAGAGACGAGAGAAAAGAGCUCAGCAAGAGGCGGCUAGAGAACAGAGGAUUCAAGACGAGCAGAGCAACAUUGUGAGUGAUAGAAUGAUUGAAGGUGAGAAAUUGGAGAGAAAACUCAAGCCCCUGGGAUUCACAAUUAAUGAAAUAAAGCCAGAUGGACACUGCCUCUACCGAGCUGUUGAAGAUCAACUGGCCCUUCUGUCCGGGGGCUCUUCUCCCUAUACCUAUCAAGAGCUACGGGAAAUGGCAGCUGCUUAUAUGAGGAAACAUGCAUCCGAUUUUCUUCCUUUUUUCCUGUCAGAGAAUACCGUAGAGGGAGAUUCUGGUGAUUCACUAGCAGAGAGAUUCGAGAACUACUGUAAAGAGGUAGAGUCGACUGCUGCAUGGGGAGGGCAGUUAGAGCUUGGAGCUUUAACUCACUGCCUGAGAAAACGCAUCAUGAUAUUUUCAGGAUCUUUUCCUGAUGUGGAGAUGGGAAAGGAGUACAAAUCUGAUAGAGGGUCUUCUUCAUCUGAAGGGACUCUCAGGUUGUCAUACCAUAAGCAUGCCUUUGGGCUUGGAGAGCAUUAUAAUUCUAUCAUCUAUCAUCCCAAAUUUGAACAGAUAGGUAUAGUAUAGUAAUCUGUGGAAUGUUCCUUUCCAUGUGCAUGUUUACUACAACUUGAUGUUUUGAGGGAGCAAGCAAAUUUUGGCUCUAAACUAUACUUUGAAACUUGGUUUUGAUUGAAUUGUUGAUGCAUUAUUUAUUUAUCUUAUUUUAGC